AGAGUGGGUGUUCAUUUUCAAUGCGGAGUCGGCUGUAGAGCAUCUUGUUGUGGGACGAUAUUUGUGACGUUUUUAGGUACUUCUAAAGCUCCAGGGUAAGCCAUGCCGUCUGUUCCUUCAUCCAAAGAAACUGUUGUCAAAAACCCUGUGUGCCCGCACACUGCCAAGCUGCACAACCACGGCAACGGAGACACCAAGAUCCAGGAGGGCUCGUUUCCAAUCAAUGGAGUUGAAAAGCUGACCGUGGUAGAGAGCCAGGAAGGCUUGAACAGAACCAAUCAGAUCAGCACAAAGAGCACAAGUCCUGAUAGGAAAUGGAUCCGACCAGACCAUCCCAGCCGCUGCACAUGGAGCUUGGAAGCCUCCAAGACCGACUCCCCUCAUGCACAAAUUCCCAGGGAGGCCACUCCUAUCAUCCUUCCAAACAUCCUGCACAGGAUCGGGGAUACUCCCCUGGUACGAAUCAACAAGAUCCCCAAAGCGUUUGGACUCAAAUGUGAAAUAUUGGCCAAGUGUGAGUUCUUCAAUGCUGGAGGAAGCGUUAAGGACCGGAUCAGCCUUCGCAUGGUAGAGGACGCUGAGAGAGCUGGGAUUCUCAAGCCUGGAGACACGAUUAUAGAGCCCACCUCUGGAAACACCGGUAUCGGACUGGCUCUGGCUGCAGCUGUAAAAGGCUACCGUUGCAUCAUCGUCAUGCCUGAGAAAAUGAGCAUGGAAAAGGUGGACGUCCUGAGAGCUCUCGGCGCUGAGAUCGUCCGUACACCCACCAGCGCUCGUUUCGAUUCGCCCGAGUCUCAUGUGGGUGUGGCCUGGCGCCUCAAGAACGAGAUCCCCAACUCGCACAUCCUGGACCAGUACCGCAACCCAAGCAACCCCCUGGCUCACUACGACACCACGGCCGAGGAGAUCCUGGAGCAAUGCGACGGUAAAGUGGACAUGCUAGUGGCUGGUGCUGGUACAGGCGGGACGAUCACAGGCAUCGCUCGCAAACUGAAGGAAAGGUGCCCAAACAUCAAAAUUGUUGGCGUUGACCCGGAAGGCUCCAUCCUUGCUGAGCCUGAGGAGCUCAACAAGACCGAUAAGACCCAGUAUGAAGUGGAGGGAAUCGGCUACGACUUCAUUCCCACUGUUCUUGACAGAUCUAUUGUUGACACGUGGUACAAAUCCAAAGACGAGGAGUCCUUCAACAUGUCUCGCAUGUUGAUCCGAGACGAAGGCCUGCUGUGCGGAGGCAGCUCCGGGACGGCAAUGGCUGCAGCUGUGAACGUCGCCAAAGAGCUGAAGGAGGGUCAGCGCUGUGUGGUCAUCCUGCCAGACUCCAUCCGCAACUACAUGUCUAAGUUCUUGAAUGACAAGUGGAUGGUUCAGAAGGGCUUCCUGAGGGAGGAGGACCUGAUGGUGAAGAAGCCAUGGUGGUGGAACUUGAAGCUGCAGAGCUUGAACCUAUCGGCUCCUCUCACCGUCCAGCCUACAGUCAGCUGUCAGCAGACCAUCAAAAUCCUCAAGGAGAAGGGCUUCGACCAGGCGCCUGUAGUGGAUGAUACAGGGGUCAUACUGGGAAUGGUGACAUUGGGAAACAUUUUGUCAUCAAUUCUUGCAGGGAAGAUCAAAGUGUCGGAUCCUGUCAGUAAAGUCCUCUACAAGCAGUUCAGACAGAUUCGCCUAACUGGCAGUUUGGGGAAGCUGUCCCGCAUUCUGGAGACCGACCACUUCGCGCUGGUUGUACACGAACAGAUUCAGUACCUGACAGAUGGCUCCACCGUCCUGAAGCAGAUGGUCUUCGGCGUGGUGACGGCCGUCGACCUGCUCAACUUCGUCACGGGCAUCGAGAAGAGAGAGCGCUCCAUGUCGGAGUCCACUGACGAGCUGUGAUCAGUUCAAACAAAACCAUGGAAAAUUUUAGCUGACGCGUCUUAAAGAUUUUUUAUUUUGGUAUUAGGGGUAUUUGUUUUCAAUUCUGUUUAAUUCUUUACUGCUUGAAAUUAGAGUCCUAAAGCAAACCUUUAGAUUUCAAGUUGUAGGUUAGCAGAUUUUUACUAUACUAUGUACUUCUAGAGUUGAAUCUGUUUGUAAGUUUGGGGGGAGUGGUGGCGCAGAGGUUAGAGAG